AUGUUCGCUCUGCUCUUCUUCGUGACGUUUAUUGCCGUCGUAUUCGCACAUUUACUCCUAAGAAGAGCAAAACUUCCUCCAGGUCCUGUUCCCCUUCCACUGAUCGGAAAUAUUCCGUAUCUUGUCUAUUUAGCCGCUGUAAAUGGUGGAAUCGUUGGCGCUUUGCGUUUUUUAAAAAAGAAAUACGGCUCAGUGUUCACGGUUUGGUUUGGUCCUAUGCCUACCGUACACAUCGCUGAUUUCGAUAUUGCCCAAGAUGCUAUGGUUAAACAUGGUGCAAACUACAGCGACAGAUGGGUCCCAAUGUUAUUUGACGUACCAAGAAACGGCCUCGGACUGAUCGCCUCCAACGGAAAAGUAUGGCUGGAUCAUAGACGCUUCUCUUUGCAUACAUUUAGAAAUUUCGGAUUCGGGAGAAAUAUUAUUGAAGAAAGAAUAAUGGAGGAGUUCAAUUUGAAAUUCGAUGCAAUUGACCGUCAAAUCCAAGAAUCCGGGAACAGUAUCGUCGAUGCUGUUCCGCUGUUCGAAGUUCUUGUCGGAAGCAUAAUUAACCGAUUGCUUUUCUCGGAACGCUUCGAUAGUUCAAGUGACCAUUUCUUCGCUAUGAAACGAAAAGUGGAUGAGAUCGUGUCCAGAGUAUCAUUCUUGGAUUUGUUUGUCUACAAAUUUAUGUUGUACCUUCCUAUACUUCGAAAACGAUAUGGCCAACUUCUCGAACCGAUGUUUGACUUAAAGGAUUAUCUCCGGCGACAACUUGAACAACGCAAAUCAGAUAUAAAACAGGGAAAACACUUGCUGGAAGAGGAGGGACGUGACUACGUUGACGCUUAUCUCAUUAAGAUGGCUGAGGAGAAGGCGAUUAAUGAAAAAGAAACACUUUUCACAGAAGAAGCGCUAUUGGUAAACCUUCUCGAUCUAUGGAUCGCUGGACAGGAGACAACAACCACUACUAUAGUCUCUGGCCUCAUAAACCUCAUAAACUAUCCUGAGGUUGUGGAUAAAGUACGUGCAGAAAUCAAGGUUGUCACCGGUGACAAUAGGCCGCUGUCGCUGCAGGACCGCUCGUCAACUCCAUACCUCCUCGCUACGAUUACGGAAAUCCAACGUCUGGCUUCUAUUCUGAAUCUGAACUUAUGGCGAAGAAGUUCCGAGGAGUCCAAUGUCGGCGAAUUCACCAUUCCAGCGGGAACCACAAUUACCGCUCAACUAUCGGUGUUAUUCUCCGACGAAAAGCACUUUAAGGAUCCAGGAAAUUUUGACCCGUCGAGAUACAUGAAUGGCGGUCGUCUUGAUCAACACGUGGUUCCCUUCGGGAUUGGAAAGCGUUCUUGCCUGGGCGAGUCACUGGCAAAAGCUGAGCUGUACCUGAUUAUUGGCAAUCUCAUCCAGAGAUACGCACUAUCCUCGGCUGGGAGUCUACCGUCACGAGAUGAGAAAUCCCCAUUCGGUCUGCUAAGGCGACCUAAGCCGUUCAAAUUUGCACUCAGCAAGAUUACAUAA